AUGACGGCGGGACGGCCGGUAGUCACUGGCGCCAAACAUACGUCAGUGUCACCGUCAACUCGCCCUAGAGCAACCUUCAAGCCAAAGCCCCAGCGCACGCCUCGCCCUGUGCAGCUGUCUAAUCAACGCAUCGGGCUGGGCAAUAUCUGGGGAAAGAUGAUGGCGCAGAUCCUGAAGACAUGAAAGGCCACCCUCCGACAGAGAACGGUGGGUGCGAUGGCGCCUGAC